CUCCUUUUUCCCAGAGGCAAAAACCGUCGAGACCUGGUCGCGGGAGCUCCUCCCCUGUCGCCGGUCAACUGCUCGACCGAGUUCCCGGAGGCUGCGAUGGUAUCGUUCCUUAAGGCGCUAGUGUAUGGUGCGGGCGGUGUGGUGGUGGUUGGGAUGGCAGCGCUGGUGGCGUUGCAGGAACGGUUGGUCUACGUUCCAGUGCUCCCCGGGCUCGCCCGCGCCUACCCCAUCACGCCUGCGCGGCUUCGACUCGACUACGAAGAUGUUUUCCUUCACGCUUCGGAUGGCGUCCGCCUGCACGCCUGGUUCGUCAAGCAGUCUCCUUGGAAGCCAGGUGAAUAUGGCCCAACAGUUCUUUUCUUCCAAGAAAAUGCUGGCAAUAUUGCUCACCGUCUUGAAUUUGUACGGAUAAUGAUGCAGAGGCUUCACUGCAAUGUGUUCAUGCUUUCUUAUAGAGGGUAUGGGGAAAGUGAUGGCUACCCAUCACAACAUGGCAUUAUAAAGGAUGCCCAGGCAGCUUUAGAUCAUCUUAGUCAGAGAACUGAUAUUGACCCAUCAAGAAUAGUGGUCUUUGGAAGAUCUUUAGGUGGUGCAGUUGGAGCUAUGCUCGCGAGGAAUAAUCCUGACAAGGUUUCUGCUAUCAUAUUGGAGAACACAUUCACUUCCAUCCUUGAUAUGGCAGCUAUGAUGUUUCCUUUCCUAAAGUGGUUCAUUGGUAGCAAUGGGCCUAAAGGCCCAAAGAUUCUUAAUUAUUUUGUUCGCUCACCAUGGAGCACCAUAGAUAUCAUUGAUAAGAUUGAACAGCCUAUUUUGUUUCUAUCUGGGUUGCAAGAUGAGUUAGUUCCCCCUUUGCAGAUGCAGAUGCUGCACUCUAAAGCUAUAGAAAAUAACUCGGAUUGCAGAUUUGUGGAUUUUCCAAAUGGCAUGCACAUGGAUACAUGGUACUCUGGUGGUGAUCGGUAUUGGCGAACAAUCCAGUUGUUCUUGGACCAGUAUGUUGCAGAGUUCAAAGAAUUUAAUGCUAAUGCAAAGUAGGUGACCACAAGGGGAUGUGGCAACAAGGUGAUCUGCAAUACUUUAGACCAGCUCUGUGUAGUAUGCAAACCAAACGCCAAAGAUGCUGCAGCAAUUCUAUAUUUAAACGUGACCAACCAGCCAUCUGGUUGUGCUGUUCAUCAAGGCAGUUCAGCAAGUUUUUUUAAGCACACAGAAAAUGUGGAAGGUGUGGCUAUCAUCUGCUUCGGCUUCCCACAACUAAAUACCUAACAGAUUUGUUUGCAUGGAAUAAAUUUGAGAGUUUAACCGACACAAUCAUCAUACCUGUAAUUUUGUCAUUAGAAUAUUUUGGGGAUCAAAGAACCUAAUGUGGACACAAAGUAGAUAACAGUGGUAAGUGAUUAGAUCUUCCCUAGCUAUCAAGUGCAAUGUGCUCAUGGGUCUGACUGCACCAGAAGUUGUAAAUUUAAUAUUUACUGCUAUAUGGAUAGUUGCACUAUUUGUCUAAUGUGCAAUUCGAUAAGGUGUUUGUGAGCCAACAGCCUAA